GUCCGCCGGUUCGAUCGGUUCUUCCUCGGAACCUGAAGACCGCCUCUGCGCGUUCCGUGCAUCGCGAAAGUACUCCGAGCGACCAUCGCCUCGCUGCCUGGACUCCCGACAUCGAAUCGUCCAGGAAGGAAAAGAACAUUUUCUGAUGAAAAGCGGCGUCAACGGAGCGGAGCUGAUCGGGUACAAUGUUCCACGUGCUUCGCGGGCUGCCGCAGUUUCCUUGAGAUUUGAAUCGUCCACGCUCGCUUCUUUCAGACGUUAACCUCCUCGGCCCCAGGUGUCCAGAGAACGUCCAACAUUCCCUCGGGGCUACCAGAAUGCGGACCUAACCCAGACCUAACCCAGCUACCCAGGAGUCUGAAGACUUCUCGGAUACCGAGCGAUAAAACCGAGAUACGUCCUCUGGGCUACGCGAGGAGCUACAUUAAAUCAUAAACGCCGCGGGAUUCGAGCUGCGGGGCACCUCUUUCACGUGGAGAGGAAGAACAGUUGGCUGGACCAGUAAAUCGGGGUAUCGACCAUUCGUCUUUCCGCAGAAAUCUUCGAUAAUCCGAGUAUCCAGGUGAUCUCGUCGAUAAUCGCGACACUGGUCCCGUCAGCUGAUUGGGAGGAUGACGCAGCGGUCGUUCCUUCCCCGAAUCGUCGCGCAAGAAGAAACGAUGAUCAUUCGGUGUGAACAGUGCGACGUCGAGAGUGGACAGUUAGCGAAGGACACCAAGGCGUUCAAGAAAAGAAUCUUCGCGGUGCUGACUAGAGGGAUUCGUAAUAGGCAUUGAACGAGCGCUCGUUUCGCAAGGACCCUUGAUCUCGCUGCGUGCUGUUGCCUGCGGUAACAGUCAGUGUACAGUGAAUGAAUCCUGGGGUCGCGCCAGACGAUUGCACGAUCCUUUCGAUCGCGAUUGAUCCUGAGAGCCUUGUCUCGCCGCUAGUCGUGAUUGUUCGUACUCUGCGACGCCGAGUGGAAAGUGACCGGACCCCCUCAGUGACAUAAUCGAGGAAAGUGUCGAGGCGUUGCUAAUUGUCGGCUGGUUGUUUCGUCGUGAUGGGGACGUCGAGAUCAGAACGUCGAGAUUUGCUCCAGUGAGAUCGAACGAGUGCCGGUAGAAAAAGUUCUGAAGGUCUGCAAGUGGUCUAGAAGUGAUCUGGAAGUGGUCUGGAGGUCUCAGGUGGUCUAGAGGUAUCCGUAGUGGGGCUGCGAAUCUCUAGCGAAAUCGUCCUUCACUUUGUCCAGGUUCAACGAUGCGCGAUAGUGUCGCAAGAAAGGUCUCUCAUCCGAUCUGGCUGAAGAACGCGUGAUAAGAGUGCUCAGAACAAUGUCGUCGCACGGUGAGUUCUCGACGAUGUCCAGCGAAGAGGUGCCCUCGCUGCCGAAAUCCCUCCCCAGUUCCAGGGAGGCGACGGCCGAGGGUAGUUCCAGCUCCAGCGGCGGCUACAUGCCCCUUCGCGAGUUCUUGGAUCGGUUCUCCUUGCCCAGGGUCGUUAGGCUCGAGGGCACCAGUGGCAGACCGGUGUUGCUCUACAAGCAGCAACAGAAAUCGCUUCGAGUUACUGCGACCUUGUGGAUACAUCGAUACAGACACGACGUCAAGGUGGGCCCGGAAAUAGUCAUCCCCGAGGGGUAUCCUGGAUGGUUUUCUGUGAUAUCUGGCACCAAUACAACGGGUGGCGCGCGCGUCUACAGAAGAGUGGAUUCCCUAGUGCGAGCAGGAGUCCCCGCGUUCCUAUUGGCGGCGCCACUGAGGGCGUACAUUUUGACGCACUCGAAAAUGGAAAAUGGCAAUCUACGAGCUCACUACACGAAGACUACGAUAAGGGCUGGGGAGAUUCUACGAUUGAUAGCCGUCUUCCAGGACACGAGGAAGUGCAGUACGGUAUCCUUUGGGAUUUCCGGUAGCUCAUCCGAAAAGGAUCAGUACGCGCAAUGCUUGGAUCCCCAUGGUCGCGAGGUGUUUGCGCCAUUGUCAGCGAGAGGCGAAUUUUACGCCAUUUGUCAGAACGGAAGCAUCGACACCGAAAGCGACGAAGUGCUGUACAAGGUUCAUCAUCUUGCGAAAAGACAGUUACCUCUAAGGGUUCGUUUAAUAGCUGGUCCGCUUCCUGUACCCUUGCCAAGAGAAUACGGUGGUUUGAUGCAACUGGAAAGUUCAACACGUGGACCAAUCGUUUUAGGGUGCAUCGUACCGGAAAGGCCAGUUCACAAUCCGGAAAUGCUGGAGCUCGUGGUGACCGGAAGUGGCGCCCCAAGAGUGAGAAGAGCGCGAUUAGGUUACCCAUCGGAAGUUAGGUUGCUGGCAUCGCCAAAAAUGCAACGAUUAUUAUCUGCCUGCAGCCGAGCCGUCGGGGAUCGUGCAACGGAACCGAGAGUGGCGCCUUUGAAGCUCCACCCAGUCGGGGAAAAUCUCAAGGAGAUGCAUUUGAAGAAGAUCAAACCGAAAACGGAAACGAAACCCAUCCUGCAAAGCUUGAAGGACGGAUUGGAGCAAUUGAAGAAGACCACUGUCAGGGAGAAGAGUCAGACCAGGCAAAACUCUCGGAACGGAUUUCUGGAACGGAUCUCAAAGUUCACUCAGGGUGGUCGUAGUAGGAAUCCGGCGAAGAAAUCGGCGUCGUUUACGUUCGCCGUGAAACCGGAAAUCGCGAUAAGGUGUCAGGAACGUUACUCCAGUCUUGAGCCAGAUACUACCUCUCAUCCGAGUCAUUCCAAUUCCUCCAAGCAACCUGUACAAAGAUCGGUCUCUACGAGCGUUUUGGAGAUGCCGACGAACAUCGAGCUGCAACCGAAUUAUUCUCGUGUCAGAGAUAGUCUAACGCCAGUGCCAUCCCUCCCUAAACUAACCAGGACCAAAGCUGACGACAUUUACGCGGAGAUUUGCGAGACCGCGGUUGCGCAGAAGUGUCCCGGAAGCCACGUGAUGGCCAGGAUCAAAAUCGUCGUGAAAGGGCGCGAUUCGCCCAUGGAACUUUCGGGAAAGAUCGGCAACGAUCGAUACGCGAACUCGAUAGUAACGAACGAGCGGAUCGAUUCGAUAAUCAGUACGGAAGAUGAGGUUAUCUAUAAUACGAUAUUUUAAGUAUGAAGAACUUUAUAAUUAUAAGCGGGGAUGGGCGAAAUCUACUUAAAAACUGCUGCUUCCCGGUCGAAUACGUAAAAAUAGAAGUUAGGUGAGUAAUUCACUUUGUACAUUUCGUCAAAAUUUGUAUACGAUUUUUAAAGUAUACAAGUUCGAGAAAAACGUUCGUCAACCAUUUGAACGUGCCCAUCAGUGCCCAUCCCUGAUUAUAAAGUUAACCGGCUGUGUUUCAUGAUUGAAAAUCUGUUUUUAUUGGCGCGCAGUUAGGAAUUGAAUCUGUAUUAUAUUAUAUAAAGAACACUAUAAAAUUACAUUUAAUAUUGUAGAAACCAUAAUAAUUGCAUGUACAUACCUCUGCCAUACGUACUAAUGAUCGCAAUAAAAUUUAGUAGAUUUUUAAGAGUGAAAGACUCGAGUUUCUUCUUCGAAAUGACAGAAUUGAUGUAAUAUUUUUGGAAAGCUAAAAAUGUUUUAGAAAAUUCGUUCCAGCUAACUUGAUAGAAAAAUGAUUAAUGAUUACACAGGAAACAGAAUGUAGACAAUAAAAU